CUAUCCCCAAAAAAUGGAUCUGUUUUAUUUACAACAGCCUCAGAUAAAUUGAAACAAACUCUUUUUUCUUCUUUGUAGCAGCCGUGCCGUUUUAUCUUCUUCUUCUUGGUUCUGUUUUAUUGACAAGAAAUAUGGUGACAUCCAUACUGUUACUAGCAGUUCUUUUUGUUGCUGGAUUUAUUAAUUUUUACUUGUUUUUUUCUCCCAAGAAGUUUUAUGCAUGGAUUCAAUCUUUCUUCCCUAAGUACGGGUCUUCAUCAUCAGUUCAUGUGUCGUCCUCUAAGACUACUACUUCUCAUGCGAUUUCAGUCAAGGAAAGAAGUGAUUCAAACAAGGUAGAGCUGAAAAGGGUUUUUGCCACCUUUGACAAGAAUGGUGAUGGGUUCAUAACAAAGAACGAACUGAGGGAAUCACUAAAAAAUAUCAGGCUGUUCAUGACAGAUAAAGAGGUUGAAGAAAUGGUAGUGAAAGUGGAUGCUAAUGGAGAUGGGUUGAUCGAUUUCGAUGAGUUUUGCAUCUUAUGUCAGGCCAUGGAUGGCCAUGAUCAGGAAGGUGUGAGAAGAGGACAAGAUGGGAAUGGAGUUGGUGAUGGAGAAGGGGAAUUGAAGGAGGCUUUCGAUGUGUUUGACAAAGAUAAAGAUGGGUUGAUUUCAGUUGAGGAAUUAGGUUCUGUGCUGUGUUCUUUGGGGUUGAAAGAAGGGAAGAAGACGGAAGAUUGCAAAGCAAUGAUCAGGGAAGUUGACCUGGAUGGAGAUGGAAUGGUUAAUUUCGAUGAAUUUAAGAGGAUGAUGAUGAAAAGUGGAGGAGGACUAGUUUCAGUAUCAGCUUUCUAAACUCCUCUGUUUAACUCCUCUAACUCACAAUUUAUGCAGACACAACGACCGUAAACUCCUCGGGUAAGAGGCGUGCUUAAUCAUUUAUCUCUAGCCUGCUCUCACCAAACAACAGCUCUAAUCCAUUUCAACCUCACCUGGUGGACAACUAGAUCUACCUGUGUUUUCAGUAUGUUGGAUUUGCUUCUUUCAUUUAAUCCUUUUGAACUGUUUUUCACACAUUACUUACUACAAUCUUUUAAAGCUUUCACCAGCAACCCUUAAAUCACCAUCUGAUAUUUGUAACCGUACGUUGAAUAUAACUUUUGCACUAGUUGUCUUCGAGUCUUUAAUUUAGUGGUUAAAGGCACUUAAAGAAAUAUCAAGGGUUUGGAUUCGAACCAAACCUUCCCUUUCUCCUUUCUUGUAUUAGAGCUUUGAGCUCCUCACGUAACUAAAAAAAACUUUUGUACUAGUUCGGCUUUUAGCUCUUAGUUCUGUCUGUAAUUUAACGUACUGUACAUAUUUUUGAACUUUGCUGUGCACAUAGCGAAAUCCAUAUUUAUAAAGGCCAUCAAACAUCUGAGGUGCGAAUUAGAUGUUUCUUUAAUUUGGGUGUAAACUGUAAACGUCUAUUGUAAAUGAAUCUCGAAAUAUGUCUCCCCAUUUGUUUCAGUUGUUUCCAGAUGUGUUAUCUUCAUAAUGCCAUAAUAUGGAAAGUUCGACCAAUGGACCGGACAUAACCCUGUCUGAGCUCGGUGGCAUCGGAAAAAUUUGUAGUCAGUGGGAAUACCCAGGGCAAAGAAUCGCGGAAGAAAGAAUUUAUUCGUGAAGAAAGCAAAGCAGCAUUAGUGGGUGGGGCGA